AUGGAGUCACACUUAUCUCGGACAAAAUAUGGCAGAGCCUUCUUUCGAAGCUUUAUGAAAGAUGGUCCGAGGAUGGGGCCGAUGCGAAGUUGGUUGCUUGUAUCACAGAUUGAAACUGUUGUGAGGGAGUCUCCACCUGCUGUCUCGGUGCAUGACGACGGCCAACUUGUUUGCGACCUUUGCCGUCGAAUCAGAGGGCACUCAACUUGGAAUCAGAAAUUCGAGGAUGACAACGGUGCGAGGGACACGACAUGUGUCAAGUAUCAAGACUGGAACGAACUGGAAUCGCUUGCUGAGCAAGGCUGUUCCAGUUGCAGAAUCUUUCGAGCGGCCAUUUUAUAUGAUCAUCCUUCGCCGAAUGCUUUGGAACUCCUAGAACUUGAUAAGAACAUCAUCAAGGUUGGUGUCAAAGUGGACACUGGGAAGGCCACGGGCCUCACCAUAUACUACCCUUGCAAAACGAGUCAAAGCGAAUUGGAUGAUUUCAUGGUUGAUCCAACAGCUUUCCACAGCGGAACAGCCAGAAAUUUGAUAGUUCCGGUUCCAAAAAACGUAUCAAGUGAGCAUCAAUUAGGAAUUUCUGAGGAGGGUACAGCUUCGUUGGCUGAAACGGUAGCAGGCAGCACGUCUGGCAAGCCCUCGGACGCUCCAGGGAAAGGAACUAUUGGAGCACCCUCAGCCCAGCAACAUCGACAACAAAAAGACGACCCAAAGAAGACGCUUUACAACUCACAGAAAAAACCAAUCACAAGCCCAAUAUACAGGCUCUCUUCUACUCAGUCGUUAGAUGUUGACUUCUUACCUGGCGAUGACCCCCAUGUCUCCCUCGGUAAAGAUAUCACUUCACCGACGACGUCUCCAAAUGAUAAUAGUGACCUUAACACCUUCAAACCUACUUUCCCCGAGAAUCAAACGGUCAAAUAUACUCUGGAGAGUAUUCUGGAAGAAGUACUGCCAGACUAUAAUGAUUUGAUGGAAAAGGAGGACACCGCGGGCGUUCAAGAGCAGCGCCAAGAGAUUGCCAAAGCUUAUGGAGAUUACUGUGGUCCUAAUAGGUGGUUUCUACAUGAUAAGAUCACCGAUAUGGCCAUUUCCAAGGCCCCCUUGGACGUCCCCAUGAUCGUGAAGUUGAUGAUGUGGAUGGGUACUUGCUUACUAUCUCAUCCCCAAUGCGACCGGUCGCAUCAUGAAUCUCGCAUGCCUACAAGACUUGUUGAUUUGGGAGACCACCAAACUCCGCUCAAAAAAGCUCAUGUAAUUAAGACCAGAGGAUCCAGGAUGCCGUACAGUUGCCUGUCGUAUUGCUGGGGAGGCGAUUCGAGAAAUCACUGCAGACUGCUCCGCUCCAACGUUCAACAACUGCAAGGGGCCAUCUUCUCACAGAGCGUUCCUAAGACUGUUAGGGAUGCAAUGUGGAUCAGCAAAGCGAUAGGUGUACGAUACAUUUGGAUCGACGCCUUGUGCAUUGUCCAAGACGACGAUGUGGAUUGGAGAGCUCAGGCUCCUUGGAUGGGGCAGUUCUACGGAAACGCCGUCGUAACAAUUGCGGCUACAUCCUCCGAGCACGCUGAUAUGGGUAUGUUUAAGGAACGGGUAGUGGAACGGUACGAGCUUCAGCCCUGCAAGAUAUUUGGCCAAAUUCCUCAGAGGCCUCUUCCACAUACACACAGACAUUUUACAAGCGCCCCGAUAAAUCAGAGGGCAUGGACGAUGCAAGAGCUUUACCUAUCACGCCGGAUAAUCCAUAUGACAGAUGCCUCCGCCGCAUGGGAAUGCUAUACCCAUAAAGGUGUCGAAUUUUCACCAGCAGACGACGCUUCGGACAUGUUUCCAUAUUCUGAGAUAAAGGAAAUAUUCCGUUCAGAACCUGAUGACGCAGAGAUCAUGUAUGAGGCAUGGCAUGCUUUCGUAACGGAAUAUUCCUCUAAAAGCAUGACGAAACAAGACGACAUUCUCGUUGCUGUGUCAUCAUUGGCAGAAAUCGUUAGCAAACGAACUCAAGACGAUUAUUUGGCCGGCCUCUGGCGAGCAAAUCUUGUCAACGAUCUUUUGUGGCAGACAGACGAAUCGAGAUCCAGGAGCAAAGUGUACUCGGCACCAUCAUGGUCAUGGGCAAGCACGCACGGGUCUGGUGUGGAUAGUAUCCGAUUCCUCGAUCCUGGCCCUGCGGAGACUACAGUUGAAAUCAAUGAAGCGACUGUCGAAUACCUUGAUUCAAAUCCCAAAUCAAAGGCCUUGUCAGGCCAUCUUGGGAUAACUGGCAGGAUUGCAGAAGCGGAGAUUUGUUUUGACCAAAGCUGGGCAGCAUUUGGUGGUGAAGGCCUCAUAAUCGUGGUAGAUGGUUUUAAUCAGUCUUGCGGUGAUUUCACAUUCGACGACAGCGCCAUGAUUACGACCAACAGAUUCGGGGAUCGGAUGAGGACGACUGAUACCCAGCUAUACUGCUUGGCACUGACGAGGAAAAGUGCUUCUAUGGCAGAGAUGGGCCUGUUGAACGGCUGGAUUAAGGGCCUUGUUCUGGAAAAAGAUGAGGAGACCGCCGGGGAUGAUGUUUACCGGAGAGUAGGAUUUGCGAGCCUUGAUUGGGUCUUAAAGAAGGCUGAUACUUUUGAGGGGCGGGAAAUGAAGUGCAUAACAAUAUUGUAA